AUGGGAAAAGCGAAGAAAACCCCUAAAUUUGCAGUCAUGAAGAAAAUUGUUACUCACAGAGCACUUAAACAGCACAAACAGGAGGUUUUAAACCCUAUCAAGAAAGACUUGAGCAAACUAAAGCUCCCAAGAAACGUACCUCAAGUUUCAUCUGCACUUUAUUUUAAGCAUAACACUGCAUUAGGGCCGCCUUACCGAGUUCUGGUUGAUACUAAUUUCAUCAAUUUCUCCAUCCAAAAUAAAUUGGAUUUGGAGAAUGGAAUGAUGAACUGCUUAUAUGCAAAAUGCACUCCUUGUAUAACGGACUGUGUAAUGGCUGAGCUUGAGAAGUUGGGUCAGAAAUACCGAGUUGCUCUGAGAAUUGCUAAGGAUCCUCGAUUUGAAAGGCUUCCCUGUACUCAUAAGGGAACAUAUGCCGAUGAUUGUCUUGUUGACAGGGUUACACAGCACAAGUGCUACAUAGUUGCAACCUGCGAUCGAGACUUGAAGCGAAGAAUUAGGAAGAUCCCGGGUGUACCAAUCAUGUACAUUACUCAACACAAGUAUUCAAUUGAACGGCUACCUGAAGCAACAAUUGGUGGAGCUCCAAGAAUCUGA